CGACACUUCCCGCCAUCUUCACAAUCAUUAACUUGAAGGGUUUUCGUUUUCAUUUAGCCUACGAAAGAAAGAAAGGAGAAGCACAGAGAACUUGAAAGAUCAUCAAUUCAUCAUCCAUCAAUAAUGGCUGUCAAAAUUUACAUCGUGUACUACGCGCGGAGUUCGUGCAUAUACAGACUAGCCGAAAAAAUAAGAACAGGUGCUGAAUCUGUAGAAGGUGUUAAAGCCACACUGUGGAAGGUACCUGACAAACAGAUGAUAGAUUGGCCAAAAGGUUCAUUCAAGACUGAGAUGGACAUAGACAUACCAGUGAUUAAGCCUGAUGAGCUCCCUAAAGCCGACGGAUUCAUCUUCGGUUUCCCAUCAAGAUUCGGAAUGAUGGCGCCUCAGUUUAAGGCUUUUCUAGACGCAACCGGAUGCCUUUGGAAAACACAGGAGCUUGCAGGCAAACCAGCUGGAAUCUUCUGCAGCACGCACCACCAAGGAUGUGGCCAAGAGACUUCAGCGCUUAGUGCUAUCACUCAACUUGUUCAUCAUGGAAUGUUGUUUGUUCCUAUUGGAUACAAUUUUAGGCCUGGAAUGUUUGAGAUGAAACAAGUGAAAGGCGGAACACCCUAUGGCGCGGCCAGUUAUAGUUUUGAAGAGCCAACUUUCCUAGAGUUGGAGCAAGCAUUCCACCAGGGGAAUUAUAUUGCAACCAUCACAAAGAAGCUUAAGGGAUAUGCAAUAUAAACACAGUGGAUACAAAAUUUGUUAGAUUGACAUUGUUAUUGGGUUCUAUUACUGUUUCUAUGGUAAUAUAGGUUUAAAAGAACUAGUGCCAUGUUUUUACUUCUAUUGUUCUGUUACAUUGUAAAGGAGUAAAUUUAUUUUUGACAUCAAUUUCAUACUUAUGUUAUAAUCGUUAGUAAUUUCUGCUGGUAAUUAAAUAUCUUAAAGGGUAUGGCUCUUAUUCUGAAUCAAAUAGUGGUCCUUUAUCAUUAGAUACUUCCUCUUUCUCAUGUUUCCAAUCAUUCAAUUUUAAUGUAACAAAACUUAACUGAUUCUGUUCUCCUCAUCUUUACUGUUGCUUAUUGGGAACUUAUGAAUCAUGAAUAGGUUUGGUUCUCUUUAUAAAAGGCAGCUUGAAUCUGCAUAAAUUGUUGGAAUAGGUCUUCCGAAUUCGGCGUCCUGUUUGGAGGAUUUUGGUUGAAUUGUUGUGCAAGAAUUCUCUGAUUACUCCAUAAAAAUAUUAGACAGAAAAGAGAAAACCCAAAAUAAAUAAAUAAGAACACUCUACUACUGAACUAACUCCUACCAAACUCUCUAACCAUGAAAUACACAUGCAACUUCAUGAUAAAUAUCAUUACUGCUGAUAAAUUCUGAUGGUUUACACACCUUGCCUUGCUGUCAUAGAAUCUGAAUUCUUGUUGCAUUCCAUAUCUAAUUCUCCGCUAAAUCUGGGGAUGGAUCAAUACUACCCAGUCUACACUUACAAUUGGGAUUGUUCUUACCACAAAAGCCACAACUCACCAUACACAGCAUUUUUUUAUGUACAUAUAAGGUUUAAACAGUAAUUAAAUAUUUAUCAAUGUCAAACUAUCAUAUUAAUUUGUGUUUGAAGUAUCCCUGAAGUAAGGAAACAAAAAUUAAUUAGUCAAAUAAAAAUUAUUUAUAAACUUUUUUUUAACUAAUAAUUAGCCAAUAAGACAGUAAUUGAAAAAGGACUAAAAGUUUGAGUUGAUAUUAUAGAGAUAAAAAGAAAAAUUUUAAAAGAAAAAGAUUAACAAAUUAUUAGUUAACGAAAAUUGGUUCCUAACUAUAAGAGCUUAAUAAAUAUCUCCCGUGCAGUUGCCACUACUAUUCUUCAACCAUCAACGACGAAGAAACACAUAACAACACACAAUCAUCAACUGAAAGAGAACAUUAAAGAUCAUCAA